UCUCCACCAAAUGUAAAGCACGCGGACUGGGCUCGGUGUUGAGUUCUUCAGUGCUCACUGUCAUAGACUUCAUUGGGGGCAUCGAUCGAAGUUUAAUUUUGUCUUUGAUGGCGAUCAAAACCUCGCAUUCCUGUCUCUUGUUCUCCGUGAUGACCAAAUCCUCUACUACAUUUCUAGUUUCCUCCGCUGAUUGGCUUUCUGGUCGCUUCACUCCGCUGUUACCUUUCCUCCCGAUUCAUCUGCGUUGUUUUAGUUUGCCCGAUGAGGUAGAGAAGAGCAAAAAAAGAGACAUUUUUUGGUUUGCAAAGGUCAGGAGAUGCUAUUUGUUAUAUGAAUCCUUGAGUUAAGAAAAGAAAUGGCGGAAAUGGCGGAGAUGUAUACAAAGACAUUUGAAUCUGUGCAAGCAGCAAUAACUUUGUUCGAGCAAAAGAUAGAUCCUAAAAUAUGCAGCACUAGCAGCAGUAAGGAAGAGAGAGGAGAAUUUUUUAAGGAUUUAACAGAUGACAAUUUGCUGCUACAUGAAAAAAGCCUGGCUUUUUUCGAGUUUGAUGCAUCUUCUAAGAACCCUGAGGAAUUAUUGGCCUUGUUAAAGCUGUAUAAAGCUGAAAGGGACAAUUAUAAGGAGAAAUUCAGAAAAUCACAAGCUCUCUUUUUAGAAUAUGAGAAAGGAAAUCAUUUUUUUCAUUCUUACAGCAAUUUAGAAGCUGAUGAAUCAAGGACUGCUACUCAGAGGAAAGCUGAAAUGAUGAAGACAGAACUAAAUCUGGAGGAAGGAAAUAGCCAGAAGCUUUGGAUGCACAAUUCAGAGAUUAAAAAAGUUUUCCUUUUAUCUCAAGUGUCAAAUAUAGAUGCAAAGAAGGAUAGCCCUGCAUUCUGUACUCCUAAUGCAGAAAAUUUUCUGUCACAUAUACAGCUAGAGGUUCUUAGAAGGCACUUGGAUGAAAUGGAGGAUAUGGAGAAUGAACUGUUGAAACAGAUUAUAAUUUCUGAAUACUUACAUAUGGAAUUAAAGCAGUCCAAAGAGGCACAAACUAUUUUCUCAAAAGCUGUUUUAAGCGCCACGAAUGAAUUGGACCUUGUUAAAUCAGAGAAUGAGCGCAUGAAGCAAGUCAACUCUGAGAGUGAAUAUUACAUUCUUCAGAUUGAAGAGGAAGGUGAAAGAAUGAAAGAAGUGCUUGAUAUCUCAGCUGUGAAGAUAAAGGCUAUAAAUAGCCAGAUUGAGAUGCUUGUGAGUGAGAUUCAGAGGAUGCAACAAGAAAUUUCUAAGAGCAAGAACAAGGACUUAGAAUUUCAGUCAAAUGCUGCUAUUCUCACAUCUGAGCGUCAUAAUUCUUCUGCUGCCAAGGAUUCAGAAGCAAGGUCUAUGUCGUCGCAAGCACGAUUGAACCAGGCAAUCCAAAAUCUAGCAGUAGAAGCCGAGGAAGCGAAAACCGAAGUACGAAGACUGGCUGAGUAUAAUAAAGUAGAGACAGAAAAAGAAGAAGAUAGAUCUAAUAAGAAAUCUGCAUUCAAUGAUGCAGAUGCUGGUUCCAAUGGGUUUUGCACAGGCAUUACAAUCUCAAUGGAAGAAUACGAGUUUUUAAUCCAGAAGUCAGAGAUGGAAGAUAACAGGAAGUGUGAACCUACUGAUGACUCUGAGCUUAACAAGUUGAAAAUAGAACUGGAAGAUAAGAAUGGAGAAAUAAGUGAGCUGAGAUGCAAAUUAGAAGAGACCGAGAGAAGAGCUGAGUUGGCAGAGAAAGCCAAAGUAGCAGUGGAGAGUCAGCUCAGGAAGUGGAGGGAGCAGCGGCAGCUGAGAAGAGCUGCUUCAGAUGCAGUAAAAGAGUACUGUGCUACCAAAAACGAAGCUAACAAACAGCAUGAGAAGCCUUUGUUGUCUAAACUGGCUUGCAUAAACCCUGAGUCUCAUCCAAGAAGGAGCGUUUCCAGGCAUGAUGGAAGAAAAUCAAGGUACGUUCCGCUCGGUAAACUUCUAAAAAUAAAGUUUUAGGUUUCAUUUGAGACGGCUUUCUUCUUGCUUUCUAAAACAGUUUCUAGUACAAAUAUUUUUUGAAUUUAAAUUUUUUGUACGAGAGAGCCGUUUUAAAAAGUUGUAUGAAAGCUGUCCCAAACAAAGCCUUAGUUAUCUUGAUGUGAAUGAGACCUUUGAAUCAGGAAGAGUUUGGCUCCAAUGGAAGUUAUGAAUUUGCUCUUUGCCAAAUUUAAUCCAUUUCAAAUAACAUAUUUUUAUUGUUCAAAGGACCUUUUUCUUGUAUUGCCUGAUGUACUAACAUUCUAUAUUCAUGUUUCAACUUAUUUGCAUAGCAUGUACUGCCUUUCAAUAAGAUAAGCUUA